AUGAGUGAUCAAGACACGAAAAAAUUAUUCGAUCGUGAAGUAAUUAUUCAUAUACAGGUUAAAGAACCAACUGAUACUAUAAUAUUAUAUGCAGCUGAAUUACAAAUUGAUAAUGCAAAAAUAAUAUCAAAUACAAAAGAUGAAUUAAAUGGUACAAUUGAAACUGAUGAAGAAAAUGAACGUUUAAAAAUUACUUUCAAUAAAACACUUAAAAAAAAUGAUUAUCAAUUAUCAAUGAAAUUUAUAGAUGACAUUAAUAAUCGUAUGGUAGGUUUCUAUCGAAAUCAAUAUACGACACCUGAUGGAAACGUUCGUUAUAGUGCUAGUACACAAUUUGAACCAGCGGAUUGUCGACGUGCAUUUCCAUGUUGGGAUGAACCAAAUUUUGAAGCAACAUUCGAUAUUACAUUAAUUACACCAAAAAAUCUUCAAGCAAUUUCUAAUAUGCCAAUUGUAUCUGAAAGUGAAUAUGCCGAGAAUAAAGAAUGGAAAGUAUAA